UCCUUGCUAUAACUAUUUCUAUUGUAUUUAAUUUGAUGUUUACUUCUCAAUGGGAGAAGCAAAAAAGAAUAUACCUUCCAAAAUCAAGAAUUUAUUUAUCAAUAUGUAUAAAUAAUAAAAGAAUAAAUCACAUUAGUGUUUCUCUAGGUCACUGUACCAAAACAAUAUAGAUUUUACUGUGAAGGAUUCGAUAGCUUUCUUUCAUAAGUCCGUAUAGCAAUUUCAAGCACCGACCGCUCCCUAUUCGCCCUCGUCGCCGCCUGCUGCCGCUGUCAUCCGGGACAGAUUUUUCUUAGUUGUUAACAUGGCAACAUUGAAAGAUGUGGUAGCCCGCCGGCCGAUCACAGCCACUAUUCGGCUUACUGUGCCAGCUGGGGGAGCACGGCCGGCCCCUCCAGUUGGGCCGGCUCUUGGUCAGUACCGGCUGAAUCUGAUGGCAUUCUGCAAAGAUUUCAAUGCGAGGACUCAGAAGUACAAGCCUGACACGCCAAUGGCUGUCACGAUAACAGCCUAUAAGGACAACACGUUCGAGUUCACUGUCAAGUCCCCCUCUGUCACCUGGUUUCUCAAGAAGGCUGCUGGGAUUGAAUCUGGUAGCAGCCGUCCGGGACACGUGGUGGUGUCAUCCAUCACGCUUCGCCACGUGUAUGAGAUUGCAAAGGUGAAGCAAUCCGACCCAUUCUGCCAGCACAUGUCAAUUGAGGCCAUAUGCAAGUCCAUCAUUGGUACAGCCAAUUCCAUGGGUAUCCAAGUUGUUAAAGAUCUUUGAUUGUUGUUCUUAUAAAUCAUCAGUCAUUGUUAUCUGGGUGGUCUAAGUAGUUACUCUUACCAUCUGUGAUAGAUGAGUACUUUUUGUGUUCGUCAUAUGUGCUAAAUGAAGACAAAGAAAUGAUUCAUUGCCAACAUCAAGCAUUAUUUUAGUGAGUCUUCCAAGCAUUCUUUCCCUUUUGUAAUAAGUUGUCUUUACCAUUCCAUUUAUGCAUAAUAUGUGGUCAGCUUCUCUGGA